AAUUUGCAAGACCGUGUAUGUGGCGAACGUAUAACAUUGAAAUCUUUCUUUUGCCCCAACUUGGCUUUUACUAACUGAUUUUGGUUAUUUCUAGGUUAAUUUAUUUUAUUUACCAGAUAGAUAUCUUUUGUAAUGGAAUUUUGCUGGACAGAUGUGAAAUUUGCUGCUUUUCAGUUUGUUAACCACCAGACACUUUUUUUUGGCAGAUAUACUCAUACUGUACCUGUUUCAGCAUGGCACAUAGACUAGGCUUCCUUAGAGUUCUAUAACUAUGAAGCCACAGAACUCAGGAAUGACUGCCAAAUACACCCGUAUACCCAUGUCUGAAAAUGAAGGCCUAAAAAUAGAUUUCUCAUCGGCUUUCCAAUAUGGUGGCAUGCCUGGUCAGCAUGCAACAUCAUCUAAUGGUGGCUCAUCCAGGUAUUUCUCAUAUGAAGGAAAUGACAGGGACCAUAAUAGAAGAGAGCCUGAUGAUGUAGCAGGCCCCACAACGUUGACCAGGUGUUACAGUAAUUUUGUUGAAGUCCUGUGUUAUAUACUGGUUUGUAUAACAAUACCUGUGUCAGGAUGGUUUGUAUUCAAGGUCUGUAAACAGUUUGAACGUGUGGUCAUCUUUAGGCUGGGAAGAAGACGAGGGGUCAAGGGACCAGGUGUUACAAUGGUGCUCCCCUGCUUGGACAGGUAUACAGUUGUAGAUAUGAGAACCAAGGCAUUCAGUGUGCCUCCUAUUCAGGUCUUCACCUCGGACAAUGGAGUGAUAGAGACAGGAGCUGAUGUCCACUACAGGGUCACUGACCCUGUCCAUUUUGUCACCAGUGUCCAGGACCCCAACCAUGCCCUCAGGGAACUGACCAAGACCAGCCUGCGGAACCAGUUAACUAAGCUAGAAUUAACAGAUAUACAAAAUACCAAGAUUAGUAUAUGUACUGCAACACAGGCAGAUGUCAACAAGACAUGCUCUCUAUGGGGUUUGGAAGUAGGCAGGAUUGAAAUGUCUGCUGUGAAAAUAAUAUCCAUGCCAGAGCCUGCUAAUCCACUGAACAAACUUCUAGGUGGCAGCAUAGGUUCAGGUCUCCCAGCAGGAAUUAUGGGAGCAUUCCAACAGAUAGCAGCACAUGCUUCAUCAACAGGGCCAGUCCAAGCCUCUCCCACAGUUCCUUCCAUACCAGCUCCUUCUCCAGUGGCAUCAGCAUCCACCCGGACACUGACAACACCCCAGGACAUCAUAGAGGCUGUCAGACCCCUACUGAGUGAGGGGCUAGUAAGGAAUUUUGGAACUGUGUAUGAAUUUAUACUGAAGAUUGAUGAGGAUGCCAAAGAUUUUUUCUUCUUGGAUUUAAAAACUGGUAAUGGCAGUGUGGGAAAGGGAAAGCCUCCUUCUGGACCGGCAGAUGUGACCUUCACCUUGGACCAGGACACCCUGCAUAGCCUGAUGACUGGCAGGAUGGGAGCCAUGCAGGCUUAUAUUACAGGACAGCUCUCUGUCACUGGGGACACCAAUGCAGCCAUGAAGCUAGAGGUUCUGAUAGACAAGCUUAAGUUAUAAAGUUGCUAGCUGAUAUCCUCCCCUCCCCCCUUCUCCAAUUAACACAAACAUUUUAAUCAGGAUCGAUUUAGAUGAAUAAUUUUAAUUUGCAAAAAACUGCUGAUGAAAAAUUCUUUUUUGAAAGUUACUAUUGGUAAAAUACAGCCUUUUAUUAUCUUUUCAUUGAAGCUGAGAAAUAACUUGUUUUUGAGUGGACUUACCGCGGUAUACUAGUACUACUGAUUGAUCAUGGGACAAAGUAGAAUUACGUGGAAGCUAGAACUCAUCAAAGGUGCCUUACAUUUAAAAUAAGAUUAUAUGAGAAUCUUUUGGUCUUGAGACAAUUUAUACCAGUUUAUAACAUGAUAUUAUCCUUUCAUAGGUUAAGGAAAGUGAUAAUAAAAGGGUUAAUUCAUACACAUAUAACACCCUUCUAUCCCAGUCCUUUUUCUUUUUAACUGUUUUUCAUGUCUUACAUGAAUUCUGCAUCAGUUUUGUGACCUGUUGUAUUGCUCUACUUUCUAGGGUCAAAAUGGUAUUUAGAUUUUGUUUCCAGUCUUAU